AUGCGUCGCUCAAUUGUCCUGCUCGUGGCGGCCCUGUCCGCGUGCGUCUUUGCGAGUCCUGCCGCCAGUGCUGGAAGCAUCAUCGACCCUCAUGUGAAUGCCCGCAGCGUCGAUGCCGAGGUGUCGGUGCUAGAUGAUCCUGGCUACAUCGCAGCCUGGGAGUCCGUGACUGGGUCAACCCCCGCCAAUGCGCCUAACGCCACGGAGCACAACAAAAGGAAUGUUGGACCCAUCCAGGGCUACAACAACUACGUGUCCGUGUACUUCCGGAAUGGCCGUUAUUUCAUCACUUUGGUCCUGGUUUCGAACAUUCGCGGCGCCUUCAAAGAUCUGUUUGUGACCACGCCCGAAAUCGCCUCCGCCAUUGCAACAAACGCCAGAGACAUCAUGGCGAAGGCAACCGGGCUAGGAAGUUAUGAAGACGCCAUCCGGGCAGCCUGUACUCUCGCAGACAGUUAUGGAAUGACCUCUCCCAUUUUCUGGGCCUAUCCUCAGAACAACAAGCGGGACAAGAGCGCUUCUGACAUUCGUGACUUUACCAUCCUGGCCAACUUUACGCCGACUGUGACUCUUGCCGACUAUCUCUUCAAUACAUUCCACAAUGUCAACCACACGGCUAUGACACGCGGCGCUGAUCAGGAGGGCCACCUGAGCAAGAGAGCGAAGUUCUGCCUCUACUAUAAUGAAAAGGAUCGCCUCCUAAAGGGCUGGGUGCCGUGGAACACUCAAUCUGAUGUGGGCUGUAUUGGACAGCUGUCGGAUUUCGAUUAG